CUAAACCACCCUAACCUGGACAUCGGUCUAACUGUCGAGCUAAACCACCCUAACCUGGACAUAUGUCUUACUGUCGAGCUAAACCACCCUAACCUGGACAUCGGUCUAACCGUCGAGCUAAACCACCCUAACCUGGACAUAGGUCUUACUGUCGAGCUAAACCACCCUAACCUGGACAUAGGUCUUACUGUCGAGCUAAACCACCCUAAUCUGGAUAUCGGUCUUACUGUCGAGCUAAACCACCCUAACCUGGACAUAGGUCUUACUGUCGAGCUAAACCACCCUAACCUGGACAUAGGUCUUACUGUCGAGCUAAACCACCCUAACCAGGACAUCGGUCUAACUGUCGAGCUAAACCACCCUAACCAGGACAUCGGUCUAGCUGUCGAGCUAAACCACCCUAACCAGGACAUCGGUCUUACUGUCGAGCUAAACCACCCUAACCAGGACAUCGGUUUUACUGUCGAGCUAAACCACCCUAAUCUGGAUAUCGGUCUUACUGUCGAGCUAAACCACCCUAACCUGGACAUAGGUCUUACUGUCGAGCUAAACCACCCUAACCUGGACAUCGGUCUAACUGUCGAGCUAAACCACCCUAACCUGGACAUCGGUCUUACUGUCGAGCUUAACCACCCUAACCUGGACAUAGGUCUUACUGUCGAGCUAUACCACCCUAACCUGGACAUAGGUCUUACUGUCGAGCUAUACCACCCUAACCUGGACAUAGGUCUUACUGUCGAGCUAAACCACCCUAACCUGGACAUAGGUCUUACUGUCGAGCUAUACCACCCCAACCUGGACAUCGGUCUUACUGUCGAGCUAAACCACCCUAAGCUGGACAUAGGUCUUAAUGUCGAGCACAUAUGUCUUACUGUCGAGCUAAACCACCCUAACCUGGACAUCGGUCUAACUGUCGAGCUAAGCCACCCUAACCUGGACAUAGGUCUUACUGUCGAGCUAAACCACCCUAACCUGGACAUCGGUCUAACUGUCGAGCUAAACCACCCUAACCUGGACAUCGGUCUAACUGUCGAGCUAAACCACCCUUACCUGGACAUCGGUCUAACUGUGGAGGUAAACAACCCUAACCUGGACAUCGGUCUAACUGUCGAGCUAAACCACCCUUACCUUGACAUAGGUCUUACUAUCGAGCUAAACCACCCUAACCUGGACAUCGGUCUAACUGUCGAGCUAAACCACCCUAACCUGGACAUAGGUCCUACUGUCGAGCUAAACCACCCUAACCUGGACAUCGGUCUAACUGUCGAGCUAAACCGCCCUAACCUGGACAUAGGCCUUACUGUCGAGCUAAACCGCCCCAACCUGGACAUAGGUCUUACUGUCGAGCUAAACCACCCUAACCAGGACACAGGUCUUACUGUCGAGCUAAACCGCCCUAACCUGGACAUCGGUCUUACUGUCGAGCUAUCCAGUCCUGACUGCCUUGCAUAUAUGAUGUUAUGUUGCAG